ACACAGCGCAGCGUCGUCACUUCCGGGUAGCAGGGCAGGCAGGCUGCUGAUUCACACACACUGCGGAGAGAUAACGUCCUGAGUUCACAGAAUAAUAACAUGUCUCUGUUAUAAACUAUUGGAACUCAGCGACACAAUUCCCCGGCAGGUUAUCAUGGUCCCUACAGACUUUAAAGCCCUGAUCCAGAGGUUUUAUCACCUUCAGACUGAGCGGGUGGAGACCUAUAAGCUCUUUGAAGAAGGGCACGAGGCGUACUUGAGGACAGGGCCCCACUAUGACUUCGACCACUACAGGCAGCUGGUCCACGAGAUAACUCAGGCCUUCGUUGGCAUCUCCAAUGAAGUGCUGCAGAUCAAGGGGAAGCUGCACCACGACUUCGACAGGCCAGACCUCUCUGAGCACAUAGAAAAGCUGCAGAGCAAAGAGAAGCAGAAACUUGAGCUGACAGCCAAGCUGCAGCUGGCCAGGCAGCGGGCCCAGGAUCACCCGGAGGAGGAAGACUGUCAAGAAAAGAUUCAGGAGAUCAAGCAAGAAAUCAUCAAGAACAAAGAGGCUCUGAGUGAGAUCAUGCAGGACUUUAAGUAUGACUCUGAGGAGUCUGAUUGACAGGUGGCUCCCACGAGACCUGCAGCCGCCCUCUCACAUCACCAGACAGCCGCGCUGACAGAUCAACUCCACUCUGCUGCAACUUCCAUCUUGGACUCCUCGGGCUGCACUUAUUGAUCCCCCUGCGGCCCCACCCUGCUCGCUGCUGCAGUCUUAUUCCACCCAGGGGGCUUUUCACAUUGUGGCUCUGUGUGUGUUUCCAUCUGCAGCCAUGCGUUUCAGUUAAUGUGUGUAUCAGCAAAAAAACAAGAAACCAUCUUUAUUUCCUUUUGUUUUUUUAUGCUGUGAAGACUUGUGUAAAUAAUUUCUUGAAAGCUUAUCCAGCAAUCUUUGUUCAUUCAAUGAAUCGUAUUUUUUAAUAAAAGAGACUUUCAGACACAA